AUGCUCAAUCAAGCACUUCGAACAUUAAAUGCCGAUAUGAUCAUUAAUAUGAGCUUCUUGCUACGCGAUGUACAUCAACAAAUUCAACAGCUGCAUAAACAACAGGUCAAUAUUUAUGGACGAAAAACGUUUUUAGUUUAUCGAGGACAAGGUCUUAUGAAAUCAGACUUUGAAAAACUUCAGAAAGCAAAAGGUGGACUUAUGUCAUUUAACAAUUUCUUAUCGACCAGUAAAGAUAAGAAAAUAUCUCUCAAAUUUGCUGAAGAUGCUUCCAAAAAACCGGACAUGGUCGGCAUUUUCUUUGUAAUGUCCAUUGAUCCUUGUACUAAAUCAACACCAUUUGCCUCCAUCAAAGAAAAGAGUUAUUUUAAGGAAGAAGAAGAAAUUCUCUUCUCAAUGCAUACCGUGUUCCGAGUGAGUGCAAUUAAACAAAUGGACAAUAAGAGUCAACUUUAUCAAGUUGAAUUACAAUUAACGGCAGAUGAUGAUCAACAACUACGAUUACUUACUGAUCGGAUACGAGAAGAAGCUGGUGGUGGUAGUGGAUGGCAGAGAUUGGGUAGUUUGUUGCUUAAAAUUGGUCAAUAUAAUAAGGCUGAAGAACUUUAUAAUGUAUUACUCGAACAGACAUCUGAUGAGAGUGAAAAAGUGGUUUAUUAUAAUCAGCUGGGAUCUGUCAAACGUAGCCAGGGUGAUUAUGAAAAGGCAAUUUGGUAUCACGAACAAGGACUUGAAAUCCAACAAAAAACUCUUCCUUCAAAUCAUCCUAAUUUGGCUACUUCAUACAAUAACAUCGGUAGUGUGUAUUGCAGUAUGGGAGAGUACUCGAAAGCACUUUCAUUUUACGAAAAAGCACUUGAAAUUAACCAAAAAAGUCUUCCUUCGAGUCAUCCUGAUUUGGCUAUUUCAUACAACAACAUCGGUUUGGUAUAUAACAACAUGGAAGAGUACUCAAAAGCACUUUCAUUUUACGAGAAAGACCUUGAAAUUUGUCAGACAACUCUUCCUUCAAAUCAUCCUCAUUUAGCUACUUCAUACAACAACAUCGGUUUAGUGUAUGCCAAGAUGGGAGAGUACUCGAAAGCACUUUCAUAUCAUGAAAAAGCACUUGAAAUUCGACAAAAAGCUCUUCCUUCAAAUCAUCCUCAUUUAGCUACUUCAUACAGCAAUAUCGGUAGUGUAUAUGACAACAUGGGAGAGUACUCGAAAGCGCUUUCAUUUUACGAGAAAGCACAUGAAAUUCUCAAAAUAACUGUUCCUUCAAAUCAUCCUAAUUUGGCUAGUUUAUACAACAACAUCGCUGGUGUAUAUUAUGCUAUGAAACACUAUUCGAAAGCACUGUCAUCUUUGGAACGGGCUCUGGACAUCAAACAACGUACAUUACCUCCAAUUCAUCCUAGUAUUAAUGAUGUGAAAGAGAGUAUUGAAAUUGUAAAAGAAGAAAUUAGAAAGAAUAUUUGA